UGCUCCUUCUUCAUCUUCCUUUUUGCUUACUUUCAUUUCAUUUUGUGUUCAGAGUUGCAAUAAAGUUCAGUUAUCAUCCUUAGAUCAACCUGCACAAAAAUACUAAACUAUAUGUGACUCAAGCAACUUGUAACUUUUACUUUUGUUGAUAAUGGAAACUGCGGUAAGCUCUUCUUAUGGGAAACUUUUCUCUACAACUUUUUGUUAACAAGUAACCUGGGUUAAGAGUGAACAAAGUUUUCUUUUGUGCCUUUACACUUUAUACUUUCAUCAUGACCUCAACUGGGUAUGGUAAAAUAAAUGGUACCAAAGGUGGUAAUAGGUGUUCUUGUUGUCCAUAUGGAUAUCAUAUUGAUGUUGAAUUUGUGCAAUAUUGUGAAGCUUUAUUAGCAUCUUUGCAAGGUAGACGUGCAUCUUCAUCUUCUUCCUCAAGAGGAUCUUUUUCACUUAAUCGACCACCAAAACGGCUUAUUUUAACAUCAACCACAUCACUUCCAAAUGAUGAUGCCACUUAUCAAUGGCUAUGUGAUCAAAAUCAAAAUAAAACCAACGGCCAUGGAAAACCCGGAACCGCCAAUCACAAUCUCUUUCACCGUUCAUCACCUUUAUCUAACAACUCUAAUGGUUUACCUCAAUUUAGUCCCAACCAUAUCAACUCUCCUAACUUUCUUCAUCGACUCCGUCCAGUUGGUAGAAGUAAUUCCUCUUCAAGAAUCCAUGAUAUACUCAAUCCACCAAGUCCUGUGGAUAAAUCAUUAACUGAUGCUGUUGAGUUGUUUGAAAAAGUAUUAAAGGAACAUGAACAGGCAGCUUUUUCCUAUUCGGUUCCAAGUUCACCGGCUCCUUACACACCAUCACCAUUGACUACAUCAACGCCAGUCCGAAGAGGAUCUUUCCCGCGUUUUAAUGGAAGUGAUCUCAUAAAUCAUGGCAAUAGCUCACCCAUCUCACCCAAUCCUUUAACUGGUCUAAAUCGAGCCUCUGAAUCUCAACCUUCAUCGCCUGCAGGCUUCUCAAACAUCUCAUCUAACAAUCAUCACGGCCAUCAAACCAAUCAUCAUAACGGUGUUAACAAAACAUUAUUCAAUCAAUUUCGUGAUCAACUGCAAGUUAGUGUCCAAAAAAUGAGAGACCUUGAACAGCAAGUUAAGGAUAUUCCUGUUUUAAAGCAGAAAAUAAUUCUUCUUCAAGCUGAGAGGAAAAGAUUAUUGGAAAAAGUAAAUCCAGAAGAUAGUGUUACUCAUAAUGAUGAUAGAAACUCACCAUUAGAUGAUUCUAGAGUCGAAGAGUUAGAAAAAAGUGGCAUUAUAACACCACCUUUAAGUAGAAGAAAAUUUCUUUUCCAAUCAGAUUCUUUGGAAGGAUCACAAGAAUAUAAUUUCGAUGAUAAGCAUUCAUCAUCCAGAUUAGCAACAGUUAGUCCAGUGUCAUUUAAAAGCUUAAAAUUGCAAAAUUCAUCUUUCCGUGAUCAUGCUACUCAAACUGACCAAUUAAGUAGUCAAAUAGCAGAAAAUUUCAAUGAUAAUUGUAAAACUGAACAACCAGAAGGAUCCUCACAAGCAACUGCAACAUCAAAACUCUAUAAAAAUAUCUUGAGUAUCAACAAUAAUGUGGAAUCAAUUUCAAUCAGACCAACUUCGUUAAGUAUCGGCAAGACAUCAACAUUUUCAUCUAUUAAUUCACCAUCUCAACGAACAGAAUUGUUAUCAACUGGAAAUGUAAUGUCACCAAUAUCAAGCAAUAAUGAUUUACCUCCCAAAGUUUACCGAUCUAUCGGUAUAUCAGUUAACAUAGCACCCACCUUGCCUCGGCGAUCGAUGGUUAACUCAAGAGAAAGUGAAACAAAGAAAGGUCAACUAUUUGAUGAUGAUCUUAAACAAGAGCAACAACACAUUUCUCCCAAUAUGCCAACGGCAACAACAACCUUACCGUCCUUUGCUCUUCCUAAACCACUCCUAAUGUCCCGAGGUACAAAUCCAAUGCCAUUAGAGCGUCAUGAUGCUAUAACACAAGCAAAUCCAAAAAUAUUACAUGCUUCUGUCGGAACUGAUUACUUUCAUCUGCGAGAGACUGGAAUAAAUUGUAAUUAUCGUAAAGAUUUAAAUAUUAGAGAUAAUCACCAAUCAAGUCAAACUGAUGAACCAAAAGCUAUCACAACGGAAGACAAAAUUACCCAAAUAAACCUAAAAUGUUCUCACUGUGAAUUAAAACAAAUGGAGACUAUUGGUGUGGGCAGUGGAUUAAUAUGUUCACCAUUGACACCAUCGUCAAUAACAAAUGCUUCAGAAGUUGGCGUGAACACUGAAGCCUCCGGACUUAUAGCCGGGAACACCCGAAUGGUUGAUUCAAUGAUUUCUUCAAUAUCAUCAAUGGCCUCUAGUAUACAGUCAAUUAAAUUGUGUGAUAAAUGUAAUGAAACGAUAACCUCACUUGCUCGAGAAGUUGUUAUCAAAGAUAAAACGCCAAGUCCAGGAAUUGGAAGCCGUAUUCCUAGGCUUGCCAAUUCAUUGCCACCACAGUCAUCAGUAACAGAAACACCAUUACAAUCUUGUAACCCUCAACACCAACAGCAAUCAACCGAGAUGCCUUGUUUGUCUAUCAAAUCAACCAAUCUUUCAAAUAAGAUUAUCAUUGAAGAGGGAAACGAUGACGAGAUACUUGUCUUUAGAGAUCCAAAUGCCAAUUUAGGGUCACGUAAACAUCGAUCCAAUUUCCCGUCCAUGAUGACACCCCAAGUUGACCUGGAGAACAUCCGUUUAUUUGAAGAAGCCUGUAAAAUAAGCGAUUCCGAAUCAGAAGGUGAUGAUGAUGAGGAUCCUGAAUCAUUUUCAUCCAGUGAAGGCACCUAUAUCCUUGAAGAUGGUGUAAUUGUACCUGGACGUAAAAUGUUCAUUAAUAACAACACCCGUCCAAAAGAAAUAAUCAAGCCAAGUAAGGAACUUCGAGCAGCUUUAAAGGUUCUCAACGAUAGUCUACUCAAGCCCGAUCUCUCAAAUAAACCUGCAACAGCUAAGAGUGUUCAGAUCAUUGAGAAGGAAUGGUUUUCAAUUGCUGCCUGUAAAGACAGUGACCCAACCAUGAUUGAAGUAUAUCUUGAUUGCUUUGAGAGUUUCUCGGCCCAUCUAUUGAACAAGAUAGUUAAUUUGACGGAUUCAAGUGGCAACACUGCAAUGCAUUAUGCCAUAUCACACUCUAAUUUUGAUGUUGUUUCUGUCCUCCUGGAUUCCAAGGUUUGCGAUGUCAAUAAACAAAACAAGGCUGGUUAUACGGCAAUAAUGUUGGUAUCCACAGCACGAGUAUCCAAUGAAACCCAAAAGGAAGUAAUCAGACGACUAUUUAACCUGGGUGAUGUUAACAUCAGAGCCAAACAGAAUGGACAAACUGCAUUAAUGUUAGCCUCAAGUCAUGGUCAAUUUACAACUUGUAAAUUAUUAUUGGAAGCUGGAGCAGCCCUUAAUGUUCAGGAUAACGAUGGAUCAACGGCAUUAAUGUGUGCAACGGAACACGGCCAUAUUGAGAUUGUUAAACUGCUCCUUUCCCAUCCUGAGUGUGAUCCAAACAUUGCUGACAAUGAUAAAGCUACAGCCAUGUCCAUCGCCAUGGAAUGCGGACGAAAAGAUAUCGCUGUAUUACUUUAUGCCAGCUGUAAUAUGCUCAGUAGAGGUUCAUCGCCUUACGCAUCCCUAAGAAGAUCACAGUCUAAAGCUAUUACCACGCAAUUACAACGAACCGGAUCCUUUAGUUCUCGGUCAAACCAAGGAAAUCGCAGCUUUGCUUUAGCACCUUCACCACCAACACGCUCUCGUCACUCCUCUGCUAAAUCAAGUGCGAGUCAACACCGUUCAAAAAGAUAAAUGAGCACAAUUUUUUAAGAGCAAACGCGGAAAUAAAAUGUCAACCAAUAAUGGCAGUUAUUAAUCAAAAAUUUACUCCUGUUGUGUUCAACAUUCAACAAUGAUAAUGCAUGUGUGCUAAAUGCUUUUAAAGCAACUGUAGCAUACAAAUGUUAACAAAUAUAGCACUUUAGUGCCUUAAAUUAUUGAAAAUUAUUGUUUUAGGAGAUUUCGAUUUUCACAAAUUGAUCAGCAAUUAUAAACUAAUGAUCAUUUUGUUCACUCUAUUAUGAAAUUUGUCUUAUCAAUCGAUUUCUCCCAUCUUUAACUAGUCUAAAUUAAUCAUUCCUGUUUGUAUUUUGCACAACCAACAGUUGAUUAUUUUCAACCCGGGAUGAGACUUAAAGCCGAUCGGACUUUUACCCAAACCUUAUUUAAUUUAAUUUUCCCAGUUUAUGGGUUGAAUAUUCUUACGGAAAAACAAAAGCUCAUUGUGAACCAUUUACCAUCAUCGUUAUUGACAAAAGCACUGUAAACAUAACAAACAAACAACCCUUUCAUGUACAACUCUUAAGAUUUUAUUCUCUUUUUUUUGUAAUACAAUUGGUACAAUUGUUUUCAUGUUACCACCCUUUUUGCCUUAUCCUUUACCUUUACCUGUUGUUGCAACAAAAAUGUCUUUCUUCAAUUGUUAACUGACGCAAUCAGCAAUUUUUUACUGUAGAUUAAUUAAACGGCUUUUCACCUUAACAUUUGAAAUGUCUUAAACACCUAAUAUGGCUGGAAAGGCCAAUUUAAACUUGUACUUCCUAUUGUCAAAAAUUUUAAUUUUAUUGAUUAACUUA